AGAGCCUUCCUGAUGUAUAUAUGCAGGUACGGAGAAUUGAAUCGGCCUUUGAUACAGUAAUAUAAUAAAAGCGAUUUGGGGAGCAGCGGUUCUUAUUUUUCUACUCUUGUGGGAAUGAGUUGCCAAUCUUUCACUUCGGCUGAUACCUUUAUACCUCUAAAUUCUGACACUUCUGCCACUCUGCCUCUGAUAAUGCAUCACAGCGCUGCCGAGUGUCUCCCCGUCUCCAACCAUGCCACCAACGUGAUGUCUGCAGCAACAGGACUUCAUUAUUCUGUGCCUUCCUGCCAUUAUGGAAACCAGCCAUCAACCUAUGGAGUGAUGGCAGGCAGUUUAACCCCUUGUCUUUACAAGUUUCCUGACCACACCUUGAGUCAUGGAUUUCCCCCCCUACACCAGCCUCUCCUGGCAGAGGACCCCACAGCCUCUGAAUUCAAGCAGGAACUCAGGCGGAAAAGUAAAUUGGUUGAAGAGCCAGUAGACAUGGAUUCCCCAGAAAUCCGAGAACUUGAGAAAUUUGCCAAUGAAUUUAAAGUGAGAAGAAUUAAGUUAGGGUACACUCAGACAAACGUGGGCGAAGCUCUGGCCGCUGUGCAUGGCUCAGAAUUCAGUCAAACAACAAUCUGCCGAUUUGAAAACCUGCAGCUCAGUUUCAAAAACGCAUGUAAACUAAAAGCAAUAUUAUCCAAGUGGCUGGAGGAAGCAGAGCAAGUCGGAGCUUUGUACAGUGAAAAAGUGGGAGCAAAUGAAAGGAAAAGGAAACGGAGAACAACUAUAAGUAUUGCAGCUAAAGAUGCUUUGGAAAGACACUUCAGCGAGCAGAGCAAACCUUCCUCUCAGGAGAUCAUGCGGAUGGCUGAAGACCUGAACCUGGAGAAAGAAGUAGUAAGAGUCUGGUUUUGCAACCGAAGGCAGAGAGAAAAACGGGUGAAGACGAGUCUGAACCAAAGUCUUUUCUCUAUUUCUAAGGAGCAUCUAGAGUGCAGAUAAGAUCUCCCGGUGUGUGCAAGCCAUUCUUCCAACUACUUUAAUUUCUCUUUCAAAGAAAAAUAGAAGUUACU